AAUCACAAUUUUCCACCAAUUCUUUAUCUCCUAAUCAAAUAUCACUCUAUUCAUCAAUUUUUGGUAAGCAACGCUGUCAUGGCCGGAGGAAAAUCCAAGAGCAAGGCCUCCAAGAAGAAGAUCACCACCGAGGCUACGUCAUCCGCGCCUCAACCCUUCCCAUAUCUCGACGGUUCCUUUUUGGAGUUCGGGUCAGAAGAGGAACUCACACGCUUCAUCACCUACUUCGCCAAACGCCCCAUCUCUCCGCCAAGAGUGCUACUCGAGCUAUACCCUCAACAAAAGGGUUACUACGACCUUGACAAUCAACUCAAGGAGUCGGGUCUGUGGCCUUUCGUCUCCCGCAGUCGCACCUCCUUCAAUCCCGCCUACGUUCGGGCAUUCUACUCCAAUCUCCGCCGGGAUGGGGACACUAUUCGCAGCAGCAUCAAUCUCGUGGACUUCGAGUUUGAUUUGGCUAUCUUUGCCCGGAUCGCAGGUUUGCCCACUCGCGGUGACGACAUCGCGACUUAUGGUGGCGAUGAUUGGAUCCUCAACAACGAGGCGGUGGUCAUCCGAGAGCUCGGAAUCACCAACCUCGUCCGUCACAGCGGCGCACCAACCAUUCACUCAGCCCCGCCGGAGAAGCGCCUUCUACUCUACAUCCUCACCCGGAUACUUCGCCCCCGGGACGGCAGCCACACGUGUCUCUUCAACGAGGAUCUCAAGGCCGUUCAUGCAAUCACCCAUGGCGCCUCGAUCAAUUGGGCGAAAUACGUCAUGAUCCACAUGGCGGAUUGCGCCUCAAUCGCCACCGAAAGGAGCCUGCCCUACGCCUUCCUCGUCAUGGAUCUCAUUGUCGCGGCCGAAAUCCACAUCACCGGCCCGAACACAAAGAUGACAAAGAUUUGGACCAUCCAAGACAGCACAUUCCGGAAGAAGUCCGGUGACGAAACAGGCGCCGGACCGAGUCGUGCUCGUGCCCCUGCCCCAGCCCCCGCUCCAGCCAAGGCCUCCUUGCAGUCGAUAGCCGAUACCCUGAAUCGGCUAACCGUCACUGUGGAUGGCAUGGGCCAGGACCUGGAGAGGAUGGACUGGUCGAUUCAACGCCAACGCCACGACAUGAGGGCGUACUUCCGGGGGAUCAACUACGUCCCGCCUCCAUUUGACAGCACCAUUCUCGGCCAAAACUUUGAAGGCGAGGAUGAGGACGACAACUCAUACGCUCCGUCCUCCUCCCCCGACGAGGCCGAUUUUGAGGACGCGGUCGACGGGGAUCCCAUGGACGUUGAGGACGACGAAGAAGACGAUGACGCCGAGGACGAGGACGCCGCUGCCUAGACUCUUCUUUCUUUUCCUUCCUUACUAUGAUUGUCUUUUUUUAUUUCCAUUCCGUUGUAUUCCACAUUUUCUCCUUUUUAAUGAAUAAAAGUUUACUUUUAUACUCCAAAGUUCACUUUUAAUUCUUUUUGUUAAUGUCAAAAGGGGGAAGAUGUCAAGAUCCCAAAUUUAUUCAAUCCCAUAAAUCAAGCCAAUCACCCCUUUAAUGUAGUGGUCCGUUGGAGCCUAUUUUGGCACUAUAAAAAGGGGUGUUUGGGUCUGCUUUUCUCACCAAUUCACUUCACAACAUCUAUACUUUCAUUGCAUUCAAAUAUCAUCAUUUUCCAUAGCUUUCUAGAGCCAUUUGUGUGUGAAGGUUGAGUUGUUCUUGUGCGUACUUAGUUUACUC